ACGCGAUCUGCCCAAAGUUUCGGUUCAGCCAACUCGGAAUAUUUCUUGGAGGUAAGAUGACCUGAGCGAUGAAGGCGGCGAGUGGGCGGCUGAACGCCAGCGCCGUGCGUAACACGAGCAGGUGGAUGGAGGCGCAGGCGGGAUGCAGCUUUCCACCAGCAGGUCAGCGCCGCUUCGGAGCGGCUGGACUCCAUAUUCUCUGCUGAGGGACAUCUCGCUACUGUGGACUUGAUAUGAGGAUGAAGUUAUCGCUUUAAAAAAUCUAUCUUGCUCUUUCACAAUCUCUCUACAGCUGGGAUGUGAUUGUUGUAGUUACUCGUGCAUGAAAAUCCUCAGUCAACCCAAUACCCAGAGCCCCAAGCCCCUAGAUCCCAAGGUCUCAAAUUCCCAGUGCGCCAAGCUUAUCUUAGAACUUAACACUUGAAGUCACUUUACCCUUAUUACCACAACCCUGUGCAUUAAAAUCAAUGUAAGUCUAACGCAAAAUCCAUUAGUAUCUAAAUUCUCUGAACUCCUCUAUGAUCACACCCUCAACCCUAACUCCCUGCCAUUUGUAGAUGCUUAGAACCCUUCGAUUCACUUAAGCCCUUUCAGCCACCAUGGCCUUGGAUCAAUGGCCCUUCCUCUCAACUCCCCCCAACACCUCCAUCCCUGAGCCCCUCCUGUACGACAGCUACAUCCAAGGGAAUGAGUCCGACCUGGACCUGAACAUCUCCGAAACAAGAGAGCCACACCAGGACAAGACCAGCUCUGUGGUCAUCACCUUCAUCUACUUCGUGGUAUGCGCCGUGGGGCUCUGUGGUAACACCCUGGUCAUCUAUGUCAUCCUGCGGUAUGCCAAAAUGAAGACGGUGACUAACAUCUACAUCCUGAACCUGGCAGUGGCAGAUGUUCUGUGCAUGAUGAGCCUGCCAUUCAUCGCCCUGCAGCUGGCACUGGUGCAAUGGCCCUUUGGAGAGGCUCUGUGCAGGGUGAUCAUGACUGUAGACUCUCUCAAUCAGUUCACCAGCAUCUUCUGUCUGAUGGUGAUGAGCAUCGAUCGAUACCUGGCUGUGGUGCACCCUAUUAGGUCCACAAAAUGGCGGAAGCCCCGUGUAGCCAAGAUAAUUAACCUGACAGUCUGGGUUGUGUCGCUAUUGGUCAUCCUACCAACUAUGAUCUUCAGUGGCUUGAACAAGGUGCCAGUUUGUGGCAUUGUGUGGCCGGAGCCCCAAGAUGUCUAUUACACAGCCUUCAUAUUCUACACUUUUUUCAUUGGAUUCUUCUUGCCCCUGGCAGUCAUAUGUCUGUGCUACCUGCUUAUUAUAGUGAAGGUGAAGUCGUCUGGCAUGAGAGUGGGUUCCACCAAACGCAAGCGUUCAGAGCGUAAGGUGACACGGAUGGUGUCCAUCGUGGUGGCGGUGUUCGUCCUCUGCUGGCUGCCUUUCUACGUUUUCAACGUCACCUCUGUCACCAGUUCCAUCAAGCCCACCUCUGCUGUGAAGAGCACCUUUGACUUUGUGGUGGUCCUUGGCUAUGCCAACAGUUGUGCCAACCCCAUCCUGUACGCCUUCCUGUCAGACAACUUCAAGAAGAGCUUUCAGAACGUUCUGUGCCUGAAAAAGGUGGCAGGCCUGGAUGAGAUAGAGCGCAGUGAUAGCAGGGCAGACAGGAGCAGGAUGGUUAAUGAUGCUGUAAUCAUCAACGCCAACUUAGAAACUCACAAUGCUGCCCUGCUAAAUAGCGAGCUGCAGACCAGCAUCUGAAGGUAAAGGAGUGGCAGUCACUUCCAGGGAGGCCAGAGAGACUGAGCAGUGCUGCUUGGGGCUUCCAGACUAAUGGUCUGCCAGUGCACUGCCAGUGCACUGCCAGUGACCCCUGUUCAAAGAUGCAGGAGGAGGGGUAUGAUGUAAUACCUGUAGCUCAUGGACACUGGCACAUGAACAAAGUCUAAGUGAAAAAUAAACAAUUUCAAAGGUGAAGGAAAGUAUACUGACUCCUGUUUAAAACUCUUUAUAUAUGUGUUAAUGAGGUAACUUGAGUUGGUUGGCCCUGAGUUGAAGCAACAAUAUAUCUGACUGAAAUGAUUUUCAACACUAUAAGGACAAGUGAAGUUGAAAUCAAACAUAAAUCAGACUGCUAUUCAAGCUCUCCAGCUUGAGGCUAUUAUCAAGUUGUCAGAAAACAUGCAGACCGAACCAAACUCAAAACAAGAUGUAGGAUCGGUGAGUGAACUUCUAUGGAGCCACUGAAGAAAUACUGGGUCUAGUUAACCCAUGAUAGAGAGAGGUCUGAUGGGAUUGAGCUCCAUCUAUGACUUCCUGGUGGCUGUAAGAGUUUUCCUGAGCUAAGAAUGUUCGACAUUUAUUGUCUGAAUGUGGAAAUACUGCUGAAGAAGUUGGCCAGACAUUUCAGUGGAAGCCUGCAUUGUAAUUCUUUAGAGACUUUGAAAGAUAAAUAUCAGCAACCACAACCCAAGGAUGAAUAGUUUCAUGGUCAUGUUUUAUUCAUAUCAGCUGAUAAGUUUGGUCUUACAUGAUAAACAGGGCAACAAAAUGGCAAACCCCUCCAAACAUAUCUUAUUUACCCACAAACAAAGGAUGCUCUUUAUCCUCUCUAGCUGGCAUCUCCGCAGAAGAUGCUGCAUUGAUCCCUAAAGGCCUGAUUUUAACAUCUUGGAUUAUUGAGUCAGUGGACGGAUGGGAAAACAUCUCAGGAGCCACUCUGACCUUGCUCAGUUCAAAAAAGCAUGACCUUGUAUAUAAGUAAAUGGUUUUAUGUCAGCCUCUGAGGGAAAGUUCUGCACAUAGACAACCUCAUGUCCUAACCAAAACUAAUUUCAAAGGCAAUCUCUGCUGUAAAAUUCUCUUUCGUUGUGAUAUGCAUCAAGGACAGCUUUGAAACUAUGUUUGUGAAACCCAUCAUGCGUACUUUAUAAUUGUAUCCUGGUCUUUACAAUAGUUGCCCCUUGUGCCAGUGAUGCAGUUAUAAAGAGCCCAUUAUACUUGUAAAGUGCUGUGUUUUAACAAUGUAAGAUUUCCUCCUGAUUUCAUGUUAAAAUGUGGUCAACUCCCUCAGCUUCACAUUUGUUUCAGCCAGUAUGUUUCUUGCAAAAAUGCCUACAUUUUACAGAAAGCAGGGAAAUAUGUUACUUUGUCAAAGAGGGAGGGAGAAAGGGGAAUAAGGAGAUGUAGAAAGAAAGAAAAGUAAAGCUUGUGUAUAUAUUGUAUCUAUUGAGAACAAGAAAUGGGCUGCAUGAAUGCAGGUGCAAAGAAGAUAUCAAGAUGUGUGGGUGGAUGGGUGAGAAAUAGAGAGAUACAUAGAAACACCUAUAUAGUCGUUUUUUAGUAUUUUAUUCCAAAUACAAGACUUUCAGAUGUUGUUACAAGCCUUCCAAUGGCUGUAAUGGACGUUGUCAGUUCUAGGGCAACAAUGACUAAGAACAGCUGGUUACAUUUCUGAAGUUCUAAACUUAACUUGUAUGUAUCUACACAUCGAAAUGCAUUUCUUUGCUAUUUUGACAUCUAACUGAUCUUUUUACUAUUGAUGCAUCAGUGUGUUUGAUCGAUUUCAGCUUUCAAAUACACAAAAGCCAUAAUCAAUGUCUAGAUCAACUUGACAGAGUCCUGUACUUUUGGGACGUGAAGUACAAGGUCCAUGGCUAGGUUAGGGCAAAGACUUUGCUGUUAGGUCCCUUUAUUGACACUGCACCUACCACC